CUGUUCCAGCACUGCGCGCGGCGCCCGCAGCCUCCCCGCGCCACCGGCCCGGGCCCUCUGCUGCCCUCUGGCGGCCUGAGCGCGCGGUGCCCAGCUCCAGAAACCCGUUGUCAGCCCGGCUUCCACCUCUCGGGAACAAGCGCCGGGCUGGGGACCCGAGCGGGAGCGGGCUGGGGCUGUGCUCUGGGGACUUCAAUAUACGGUCCGCGCAAGCCCCCAGCAAACGCUGCUGUGCUUACUGGGUUACUUACUAGAUCUCUCUAGGGAAACUGAGAACCAAAGAAAGUGAGUGUACGCGUGCGGGAGGAGCUGGAAGGGGGGUCCUUGCCAGAAGUCGCAGAGGGUCAGGGGCACCGCCGAGACCAGAACCCCAACACCCCUGCGGCCGCCGAGCCCGCGGCGGUGGAAGAGCGCAGAGUCCAAGCGCCUCCAGCCUCAGCCCGACCCUGGACUCAGUUUCCCCCAGCCCCCCCGGCCCAGAGAGCAGGAGCAGGGCAGCGGUCGGCGAGGUCGCCGGGGCCGGGAGCUGGUGCGGGGGAGGCGGGUCCCGCGGGGCGUGACGCACCGAGCUGGGAGGGCCGGGGCGGGGCGACCACGCAGGCUGCAUAUAAGGGCGGCGGCCGGUCACAAGAGCCAGAGCGAGCUGCCUGUAUCCAGAGCCCGGGAGACUGCCGAGCCGAGCCGAGCACAAGCCCAAGCCCAGCCCGAGCGAAGCCGGAGCCCCAAGCCCGAGCCGCGCCCAGCCCGAGCACAGCCCUCCGGCCGCUCACCCGCGCGCCUCCCCAGCGCCUCCGGCCGCUCUCCGCCCUUCGCUCGGCUCCGCUCCCGCCCUCGCGGCCCCUGUGCCCAAUGAAACUGGCCGCGAUGAUCAAGAAGAUGUGCCCCAGCGACUCGGAGCUGAGUAUCCCUGCCAAGAACUGCUAUCGCAUGGUUAUCCUGGGCUCGUCCAAGGUGGGCAAGACGGCCAUCGUCUCGCGCUUCCUCACCGGCCGCUUCGAGGACGCCUACACGCCCACCAUCGAGGACUUCCACCGCAAGUUCUACUCCAUCCGCGGCGAGGUCUACCAGCUCGAUAUCCUCGACACGUCCGGCAACCACCCGUUCCCCGCCAUGCGGCGCCUCUCCAUCCUCACAGGAGACGUUUUCAUUUUGGUGUUCAGCCUGGACAACCGCGACUCCUUCGAGGAGGUUCAGCGGCUCAGACAGCAGAUCCUCGACACCAAGGCUUGUCUCAAGAACAAAACCAAGGAGAACGUGGACGUGCCCCUGGUCAUCUGCGGCAACAAGGGUGACCGGGACUUCUACCGCGAGGUGGAGCAGCGCGAGAUCGAGCAGCUGGUGGGCAACGACCCCCAGCGCUGCGCCUACUUCGAGAUCUCAGCCAAGAAGAACAGCAGCCUGGACCAGAUGUUCCGCGCGCUCUUCGCCAUGGCCAAGCUGCCAAGCGAGAUGAGUCCGGACCUGCACCGCAAGGUCUCCGUGCAGUACUGCGACGUGCUGCACAAGAAAGCGCUGCGGAAUAAGAGGCUGCUGCGGGCCGGCAGCGGCGGCGGCGACCCGGGGGACGCCUUCGGCAUCGUGGCACCCUUCGCGCGCCGGCCCAGCGUGCACAGCGACCUCAUGUACAUCCGCGAGAAGGCCUGCGCCGGCAGCCAGGCGAAGGACAAGGAGCGCUGCGUCAUCAGCUAGGAGCCCCACCGCGCCGGCGGCCACACAACCUAAGGAGGACCUUUUUGUUUAAAAGUCAAAUCCAACGGCCUGGCACGCCCCGUGCGCCCCGGGCCGCGAGCGCGCGGACUGGACUAGCGUCUUCCCUCCCCGCGAUCCGCCCCCAGCGCUAGGGAGGCGCCACUGAACCAAGAAGGGACGGUCAUCUGCUCUGGAAGGAAAGAGAACUGGCCAAGACUGAGACUACUCCCACCCCGACACCAUCCCAUCCCCACAACUUGGCGGGGUGGGGGGCAAGGGCCCAGCCGAGAGUGGCUUUGUCUUCUCAAAGACCUAAGAGUGAGCACGGGGUGGGGAUGAUGUGAAGUUAUCCAGCCUGUUAGGCUUCAAGAAAUCGUCCUGCCCGGCUUGAGGGUCAGGACCCACGGGGCAUUAUCUUGUCUGUGAUUCCGAGUUGCCAUGACAGCUGGCAGAGCCUCUGCCCUCCCGAAACUAAGGGGGGCUGGGUCAAAUCAUAGCCAAGUGACUUGUUUACAUGUGAGUGAAACUGCACAAAGGAACACGAAACCAAACUUGCACUUUAACAGUAGUUCCGGUGUCAACAUGGACACCAACAAAACCUUACCCUGGUGUUUAUACUGUGUGUGUGUGUGUGUGUGUGUGUGUGUGUGUGUGAGGUCUUUAUUACUGUUGGUUUUUUAAUAUACAAUAAAAUAAUUUAAAAUGGAAAA